AUGAUGGAGAACAGGACAGAAGUGACAGAGUUUCUUCUGUUAGGACUAACCAAUGACCCAGCCCUACAGAUUCCACUCUUCAUCACAUUUCUUGCCAUUUACACAAUCACCCUGGUGGGGAACCUGGGAAUGAUCCUGUUGAUUCUCAUGGACUUUCGGCUUCACACCCCCAUGUACUUUUUUCUAGGUAACUUAUCGCUGGUAGACUUUUGUUACUCUUCAGCAGUUACUCCAAAAGUCAUGUCUGGUUUUCUUGUAGGAGACAAGGUCAUUGCCUAUAAUGACUGUGCUGCUCAGAUGUUCUUCUUUGCAGCAUUUAUUACUGUGGAGAAUUACCUGUUGGCCUCAAUGGCCUAUGAUCGCUAUGCGGCAGUGUGUAAGCCACUACAUUAUACCACCACCAUGACUACAAGUGUGUGUACAUGGCUGAUCAUUGGCUCUUAUAUCAUUGGUUUCCUGAAUGCCUCCAUCCACAUAGGAGAUACAUUCCAGCUCUAUUUCUGUGAGUCUAAUGUUGUCCAUCACUUUUUCUGUGAUAUUCCUGCAGUCAUGGUUCUCUCUUGUUCUGACAGACAUGCCAGUGAGCUGGUUCUUGUGUACAUAGUGAGCUUCCACAUAUUUUUUGCCUUUCUAGUUAUUUGGAUAUCUUACAUGUUCAUUUUUGUCACUAUAUUGAAGAUGCACUCAGCUGCAGGACAUCACAAGGCUAUAUCCACCUGUGCCUCCCAUUUCACAGCAGUCUCCAUUUUCUAUGGAACUAGUAUUUUUAUGUAUGUACAGCCCAGCUCCAGUCACUCCAUGGAUUCAGAUAAAAUUGCCUCAGUGUUCUACACCAUAGUCAUCCCCAUGCUGAACCCUCUGGUCUACAGCUUGAGGAAUAAGGAGGUAAAGAAUGCAUUCAAAAAGAUCAUUUUAGAGACAACAUGUUCUUUAUGA